UACGUUAUCCUGGAAAUGACUAUUGUAAUUCUUUCAAAUGUCAUUAUUGUCAAAUUUUGAUUCUUUUUGGAUGGAAGAAUGUGUCCAACUUUUAGUAAAAAGAAAACUGCUAUAAAAGACGCCUGGUAUGGGAAAAUUACAAUCAUUUACAUGACUGUACAAAGCUUGUUUUAAACCCAAAAGACUAGCAAUUUUUAAAAGUUAAUGAUCAGAAUUUUACCUAGAGAAAAACAGUGUUUGCCGAAAUUCUCGAAAACACCUACAGUUUAUUUACAGAACUUUUAAGUUCACAAUCUAUGGCGUUUUUAUGGUUAAUCUUUUAGCACUAGAGAAUAGGGAUGGCAGAAAUGAGAAAAUAGAUAGCAGCUGAGCUUGAAAUGUCUUGAUGAAGAUGGCAGAGGCGAAGUCAAAUGAAAUCUCGGAAGCUCACACGUCUACAGCAGAUCAAUCGUCAGAGGGACAAGCAUCAACAGAGGAUGCUGGGAUAGAUCUGUCAGCAGCUCAGAGGGCUCGUAUAGAAAGAAACAGACAAAGGGCGCUACUUUUGAGACAGAGUAGAUUACAGGCCCAUCCAUAUGCCACAGAUGCACUUGGGAAUCGUGUGAAAGGUCCAGCACGUGAGAUAGAUACUGGAGCUGGAUUCUUUAUAGAAGAGGAUGGAGAAAAUGACAAAACAGCUAUAGAAGUUGUUCAUCCAGAAGGUCCUGUUGUAGAAAUUGACAGUUUGUUUUGUGAGGCUUGCCAAAAGGAAUUUAUGGACUCAUACUUCUUUACAAAGUUUGAGGAGCCAAUUUGUGAUACCUGCCGAUUGGAGGAAGAUAAGUUUCCACUUAUUACAAAAACAGAGGCCAAGAAAAAGUAUAUGUUAAAAGACGCAGAUUUCGAUUUAAGAGAACCAUCAUUAAAAUUCAUCCUGAAGAAAAAUCCACACAACCAGCGAUGGGGAGAUAUGAAACUAUACUUAGAAUCACAGGUAAAGAAAAGAAGUUUAGAGGUUUGGGAUAGUGAAGAUAAGAUGGAGGAGGCUCGGCAACAAAGACAGGAAAACAAAGAAAAAGCCAAGCAGAAAAAAUUUGACAAGAAGGUCAAAGAUUUGAGGUUGGCAGUUAGAAGCAGUCUGCUAAAAAAGGAGAAAGGUUUACAUCAACAUGAAUUUGGAUCUGAAUCUUAUGAUGAGGAUGAAGAUAUGUACUCAAAAACGUGUAAGACUUGUAACUACACAAUGACAUAUGAGAAAAUGUGACAGAUUAGUAACUACAUGACAAAUGUGAUAGAAUUCUUAUAGAACUUGUAGCUAAACUACGAGUUUUGAGAAUAAGAGAAAAUGAGAUACAGGUAUAGGUACAUGUAUGUUCUGUAAAAGUAUAGUGGUAUAUGUAUAUAUUCUAAAACAUGCAAAAUUUUUAACUACACAAUGAAAUAUGUGAUAGAAAACAUGUAAAGCUUGGAACUAAAUUACAGGCUGAGAAAAUGUUAUAGAUGUGUACUCGGAAAUGUGCAAAACUUUUAACUACACAGCAAUGCAUAAAAUAUGUAGAAGGUAAUUACUCUUGAAAUGUGUGAAACUACACAAUGACAUAUGAAAACAUAUGAUACAUAUGUGUACCGAAAAUGCUUCUUGUGUUGAGUUUAUUUAAAUGACAAUGAAAUAAUACACAUUCUUUAUAGGAUGAAAUAAAGCAUGUUUGAAAUGAAAUGAAAUAAAGCACAUUUAGAAAAGACUGAAA